AUGGAUUCGCGAGGUGACAGCUCCAGGUUCGGGCAAUACCCGACAAAGCCCUCUAGGAACAUGUCUUCAUCUUCAUCAGCUGCUUUCUUCUCAGCUAACCAGUCUCCGUUUUUCUCUCCAAGAUCUCCCAAAACCCAACAAGAACUCUCCGAAUCAACUCGCUCCGAUGCUCGCUGUGACAGCUUCGACCCUCUUAGCUCCAGCUCAGGCUUUCAAGAACCACCCGAGCUCGGAUUUUCAGCCGCACCUCCUCAGUCUCAGAACGUCGAGGCUGAACGAAUCGCUUCGAGUAGUGUGGUCUCCUACACACCUUCUAGAUAUGGAAGAGGUCACGGUUCGUCUUCGUAUACUCAGACAUCUUCGGUCUCUGUCUCUUACAACAGGGUGAGAUGUUGCGAUGUCUUCUUAGGACUGCACGGUCAGAAGCCUUCUCUGCUUCGGUUUGCUGAUUGGCUCAGAGCUGAGCUGGAGUUUCAAGGGAUGAGUUGUUUCAUGUCGGACAGAGGAAGGUGCAGGAGUUCCAAGACACAGAGGAUAGUCGAGAGAGCCAUGGACGGUGCUUCCUUCGGUGUUAUAAUCCUAACGAGGAAGGCGUUCAAGAACCCUUACACGAUCGAGGAGCUACGGUUUUUCGCGAACAAGAAGAAUCUGGUUCCGGUUUUCUUCGACCUUUCUCCAGGGGACUGUCUCGUGAGAGAUAUAGUCGAAAAGAGAGGAGUUUUGUGGGAGAAACACGGAGGAGAGCUUUGGGAUUUGUACGGAGGGAUUGAGAAAGAGUGGAAAGAGGCGGUUCACGGGUUAUCUCGUGUUGAUGAUUGGAAGCUCGAAGCUCAUGAAGGUAACUGGAGAGACUGUGUGUUCAGGGCGGUUACGUUAUUGGCGAUGAGGUUAGGGAGGAGAAGUAUAGUUGAACGGUUGACGAAAUGGCGGGAUAAAGCGGAGAAGGAGGAGUUUCCGUAUCCGAGGAACGAGAGUUUCGUUGGGAGGACGAAGGAGUUAUCUGAGCUUGAGUUUAUUUUGUUCGGAGAUGUUGCUGGAGAUUCUGAAAGGGAUUACUUUGAGUUAAAGGCAAGACCGACGACGAGGAGGAAGAAGAAUGUGACGCUUGGCUGGAACAAAAGCGGUUCAGCGGAAGAGAGGAGGAAGAAAGGGAAAGAGAAAGUUGUGUGGAAAGAGUCGGAGAAGGAGAUAGAGAUGCAGAGCACUGAUCUACCAUCGAGGAACCAGGUGAAGGUAGGGAGGAGCACGAGGAGGAAGCGGUCUAUGAAGGUUGUUUACGGGAAAGGCGUGGCUUGCGUCUCCGGUGAAUCCGGGAUUGGAAAAACAGAGCUGCUUCUUGAGUUUGCUUACAGGCAUCACCAGAGGUACAAGAUGGUUCUUUGGAUAGGCGGUGAGAGCCGUUACAUCAGACAGAACUACCUGAAUCUUUAUCAGUACUUGGAAGUAGACGUCGGUGUAGAGAAUAGUUCUGAUAAAACUCGGAUGAAGAGCUUCGAGGAGCAAGAAGACGCUGCGAUUUCCAGGAUCAGGAAAGAGCUGAUGAGGAACAUACCGUUCUUGGUUGUGAUCGAUAACUUGGAGAGCGAAAAAGACUGGUGGGAUUCGAAGCUUGUGAUGGAUCUUCUUCCUCGGUUUGGUGGAGGGACACACAUCUUGAUAUCUACUCGUCUCUCUCGAGUUAUGAACAUGGAGCCGAUGAAACUCUCUUAUCUCUCUGGCGCUGAAGCUAUGUCGUUGAUGCAGGGGAGCGUCAAAGACUAUCCGGUUCCGGAAAUGGACGCGUUGAGAGCGAUUGAGGAGAAACUCGGGAGGUUAACGCUUGGAUUAGCCGUCGUGGGAGCGAUAUUGUCAGAGCUUCCGAUAAAUCCUAGCCGGCUUUUGGAUACCAUAAACAGAAUGCCGUUGAGAGAAACGUCAUGUAGUGGCCGUGACGGGAGCUUGUUGAGGAGAAGCGCGUUUCUUUUGCAGCUGUUUGAAGUGUGUUUUUCCAUCUUUGAUCACGCCGAUGGACGGAGAAGUUUGGCUACGAGAAUGGUUGUUGCGAGCGGGUGGUUAGCUCCGGCUCCGGUUCCGGCUUCUCUGUUGGCCUCGGCUGCUUAUAAGCUUCCUGAGAAACACAGAGGUCCGAAACGGCUGUGGAGUAGGCUGAGACGCGCUAUAACCUGCGGUUUCGCGUCUUCGAACUCCAAGAGAUCAGGAGCUGAAGCCGCUUCGAUGCUGCUUAGGUUCAACAUUGCUCGAACCAGCAGCAUAAAGAUAGGGUUUAUACAGAUCCACGAGCUCGUGAAGCUCUACGCAAGGAAGCGGGUACUGGUGAACGAGAACGCUCCUGCGAUGGUACAAGCGGUGAUAAGCCGCGGCUCGACCGUUGAAACCGCGGAGCAGAUAUGGGCGGUUUGUUUCUUGCUGUUUGGAUUCAGCAACGAGGCUCCGACUCUUCAGCUGAAGAUAACAGAGCUGCUGAUUCUUGUGAAGCAAGUAAUCUUGCCUCUGGCGAUCAGAACUUUCAUAACGUUUUCGCGGUGCAGCGCCGCAGUGGAGCUGCUCAGGGUCUGCACAAACGCUCUUGAAGCGGCUGGCCAAACGCUGGUGACGCCGGUGGAGAAGUGGCUAGACAAGUCCCUUUGCUGGAGACCGGUUCAGACAAGCGCACAGCUAAACCCUGUUCUAUGGGAAGAACUUGCUCUGGCUCGAGCCACUGUGCUAGAGACUCGAGCUAAGCUGAUGAUACGUGGAGGGCAGUUUGGUUUGGCUGAUGAUCUGAUCAGAAAAGCAAUCUUCAUAAGGACCUCAAUCUCAGGAGAGGAUCAUCCUGGGACUGUGUCGGCUCGAGAGACAUUAAGCAAGUUAACGAGACUUUUAUUCAUAACAGAUCACCGUAAUAGAGAGGGGUUUUAG